AUGAUCUUGGCCCGCUGGGCCGCUGGCCCCACCGAGGCGCCCCCCGCAGAUGGGGAGGAGGGCGGAAAAGGAGGAGGACAUGGAGGAAGAGGAGAAGAUGGAGGGGGAGGUGUUGUUGGAGUUGGAGAUACCGGGAUCACAGCGACCCUGACCGAGACUCCAAUCAGUAGCAAGCCGAGCUCCGGCAGCACGACACCAGCUCCCGCUGCACCAUCCUCCUCCUCCGCACCAUCUUCCGUCAAAUCACCCAGGCCCAAGUCGAGUCUGGGGAAGAAGGGUCGCAGGGGUGGUGGUUCAUCUGGUUCUAUCUCUGGCCUUGGUGUUGUUUCUGGUGUUAAUUCACCAGGCACAAAAGCGACAUCCCGCAGAACAUCUGCCAGGAUUCUUAAGACCACCCCGCCGUCAUCUGCCGCCGUGUCCCGGGCUACCUCCGUCUCCCCUACUACCGUCCCCGUCUUAACAUCGUCCAUAUCCCCUUCUCCCGUCCUUGGAUCUGCGGCCACCACAGCUGCAGCAUCCGCCGCCACGACGCGCUCGUCGACUGCAACUCCGGCCGGCGCAUCUGUUGCUGCUGCUGCUGCUGCUGCUGCGAGUCGCAAAGUCUUUCCCAAGAGCAUGGAGCCUCCCGUCGUCUCCUUUUACGGCACCGAGCCGAUCCCGCUGCCCUCGCGCUUUGCCGGCGUCAAAAAGCGGCUAAUCGCCGGCCACGAAGCCGCCGUCGAGGCUUCCUGGCGCCGUCUCCUCGAAGCCCUCAAGACCGAGAUUGCCGACAUUCAGGCCCGCGGCUCCGAGCUCAUCCCGUCCAUCAAUUUCACCGACAUCAACGACCCCGUCCGCGUCGAGGCAUUCGCCCACCGCUUGCGCAGAUAUGGCGUCGCCGUCAUCCGCGGCGUUGUGUCUCCCUUCGACGCCCAGAGCUGGGUUCAGGAGACGCACGAGUAUCUAGACAAGAACCGCGAGUUCAAGCCGCCGGCGCUCCACGAUCCGACUUGCAUCGACCUUUUCUGGACACCAGUCCAAGUCCGCGCCCGCGCCCACCCCAACAUGCUGCGAGCGCAAAAGUUCGCCAUGUCAUUUUGGGAAUCAACCGACGACCUGCACAUUACACGCGCCCCCGUGAGCUACGCCGAUCGUCUACGCAUUCACAACGACAAGCUGGGCGCAGUCGGCCAGCAGAAUGGCAAUUCCGCUGCCGAUUCGCUGAGCGCCAGCGCCUCGUCAACCGUCAUUGCUCAGAUCGACAGUGGCAGUCUCGAGCGUUGGGAGCCCGACGGCUACGGACGCGGCGGCACCUACGAAGCCGUGUUCCGCGGCGAUUGGGAAUCGUACGACCCUUGGGAUCCGGCCGGUCGCGUGGGUGCCACGACGGACUUGUACAACGGCGCCGGCGCAUGCAGCGUGUUCCGCAUGUUCCAGGGCAUUCUGGCUCUCACAAAAGUCGAGCAAGGCAUGGUGCGCGUGCUGCCAUCCCCGAAGCUCGUCGCUGCAUACUUCCUCCUGCGGCCCUUCUUCUCGCCAAAACGCGGUCCUCCGGAACAGCCGGACGGCGGUAAGGCGGAUCAAUGGGCCGCGUAUCUUGACGCGUCCAACUGGACUCUCGACCCGGAACCCAACACCAUCAUUCACGGCGCGGUCCCCGGCCACGCGCAGCGUAUCACCGAGAGAUGGCAUCCGCAUCUGCAUCUCCGUAGGAGUCUGGUGUCUCUGCCGAGCAUGCAAGCGGGCGACUAUGUUAUUUGGCACUGCGACCAAGCCUAUUCCAUCAUCACCGGGGGCACGAGACUUGGUGUCCCUCCAUCACUGCAAAACGAGUCCAACGAGCUGUCGCUGCUGACUUACACUCCCGUGUGCCCGUUGACACAGACCAACGCUCUCUUCCUCGCCCGCCAGCGCAAAGCCUUCCAGACUGGCCAGCCGGGACCGGACUUUGAUACCCUCUUUGCGCUGGGCAGCGAGGCCUCGCAUCAGGACCGUCCCGGUGCCAAGGAGGUCGAGGAGUACGGUGGGGUCGAUGGCCUGCGAGCCAUGGGUCUCGCGCCAUACGACGUCGAGCCCGCCGGCGCAUCGCCGAAGCGGGAGCUGAACGGAGACGCAAUGGACAUUGACGAUGAGGAAGGCAUGCGGAACAAGUCAAAGACGGAGGCCGAGCAGGAGCUCUUGCGGCUGGCCAACAUCAUCCUCUUCCCCAACCGGUAUGACUUUUACAUACCGAUGAACGGCACCAAGGGUAGCGGCGACCGCACGCCUCGUGCACAGGGUCAAGGCGUGCCCAAGACGACAGGGCGGUGGCGGCGGGGUGACAGCCGGCGAUUGGAGUCGUCGGGCAGAGGCGAGGAGGACGACGAGCCGGAGACCGUUGUUGAGACCGUGACAUCCAAGGGAAAGGCAAAGGCGGCCAUCACGGUCACGGUCACCGCGACGGAUCCCUAG